CGUCAGCCCUGGCAGGUCACGGCGAGUCAGCAACUAUGGCUUCUGAGAAAGAAGCUGCUCUUGCAGCGACUCCUUCCGAUGCUCCUACAAUAUUUGACAAGAUCAUCAAUAAGGAAAUUCCUUCUACUGUAGUCUACGAGGAUGAUAAGGUCCUUGCCUUUAGGGAUAUUAACCCUCAAGCGCCAGUACACGUUCUAAUCAUUCCAAAAGUGAAAGAUGGGUUAACUGGGUUGUCCAAGGCUGAGGAGAGACACUGUGAGAUUCUUGGCCGGCUUCUAUACACUGCGAAGCUGGUUGCCAAGCAAGAAGGCCUUGAUGAUGGCUUUAGAAUCGUAAUAAAUGAUGGGCCAGAGGGAUGCCAAUCAGUUUACCACAUUCAUGUGCAUCUUCUUGGGGGACGACGGAUGGACUGGCCCCCGGGCUAAGACGGGGGAAAUGAUUCACAGUGAGCCAUGUUGCUGACGAGAUUCCUUUGGCAGCAAUACUCUUGGUCAUAUGUGCUUUUAUGCUAUCUGUAAAAUAACGGGUUCAAGUAACCAGUAACCACUUAGUUAUGACAAGUUACUUGAGGAAACGGGGUUUGAUUAAAUGACCAGUAUUAAUACGGUUGUGGUUUUAUUCGAACUUGAUCAAAAAACUGAAGUGAUUCCGUUGUUGAUGGCCUUCCCUUAUA